ACUAUACUCAUAUUAAUAACAUAACAAUACUUUAUAUAUAUAUAUAAAUAUAACACUAUAUCUAAUAAAAACCCUAUUCAGAUCAUGAAAACAAAAACACCACCUUAUUAUUAUUCUCUCUUUUCUUUCUAUUCAUCACUAAUCCAGACCUAGUUCACAUAUACUACUAAUUUAAAAAAAAAAAAAAAAAAAAAACCCUCUUUUUAUUAUUUCUACCCCAAAAUCCAAAUGGGUUUUCUUUCUUCAAAUGAUAAUAAUAAUAAUAAUAAUAAUAAUAAUGCACACUCUUCAUCCUCAUCUUCCUCUUCUACAGCUGAGACAAAAAUCAUGAUCAUUGAUGAGUUAGUUCAAGGCCGUGAUUUGGCUAAUCAACUCCACACCCUGCUCGCUACCGCAUCUGAUUAUCAAAACGACACCGUUUCGGCAGAAGAUCUCCUCACAAAGAUAAUGGACUCUUUCACCAAUACCCUUCUCAUGUUGAAAAAAAAUAAUACCGUUAUUUCCACUGCUGCUGAUGCAACUGAUGAUGAGAUCUACGACGUUGAUUCUAAAAUCCAACGGUCCAAAACCACUGCUUUGGAGGGUAGGAUUAUUAAAUCUGAUUAUGAAGAUUCACAGGAAAGUACUAUUUCCAUGACUAAUUCUGUAAUUUCAUCAAACACUACUACAAAUCAUCAUCAUCAUCAUCAUCAACAACAUUUGAUCAAGGAUCGCAGAGGCUCUUACAAGAGAAGAAAGACUUGUCACACAAUGAAGAAAGAGACCUCUACUCUGAUUGACGAUGGCCAUGCAUGGAGAAAAUAUGGCCAGAAAAUUAUUCUCAAUGCCAAAUAUCCAAGGAACUAUUUUAGGUGCACUCAUAAAUAUGAUCAAGGAUGUCAAGCAACAAAACAAGUUCAAAAAAUAGAAGAUGAAAUGUAUAGGACUACAUAUUAUGGAGAACAUACUUGUUCAAGUCUCAACAACAACAAAUUAUUAGGUUCUCACCAUGACCUAAUUUUGGAUUGUCCAAGUAGCCCAAGCAACACUUCUGUUCUUCUUAGCUUCAACAACAACAAUUCCAAACAACAACAAAUUACUCAUCCUUUUUUCUCUAAUCAUCAUUCCCUUAAGCAGGAAGAUGAUCGGUUUACUAUUAAUGACGAUAAUAAUAAUACUAACAACAACCAAACAUCAUCUUCCGAUUAUAAUAAUAAUCAUGAUGAUCAUCAUUUUGAUCAUGAUGAUUUGAUGAUGAGUAUGAUCAAUGACGAUCAUCAUCGAUCAUCGCCUGCUUUGGAAUCUGAUGAUGAUCAUCAUCAUCAUCACGGCCAUCACCACAUUAAUGGUGAUGUCAUGAUUGGUAUGGACUUAUUUGAUGAUGUAUUGAGUUCAUUUCAAUUUUGACUGAAGAUGAUGAUGAUGAGAUCUCUCUAUGAUAUAUUUAGGGUUUUUGUUUUUUUAUUUUUGAUGUAGAAAUUAAUAACAAUAAUAAUAAGUUUGUUGAAAUGUGUAUUUGUUUA